AUGUAUGAUACUCAGACAGUUAACACAAUUCAUGGAUGUGUGAUACUCAGACCGUUAACACAAUUCAUGGAUGUGUGUUACCCAGACCGUUAUCGCAAUUCAUGGAUGUAUAAUGCUGAGAGCGUUAAUUACAAUUCAUGGAUGUAUGAUUCUCAGACCGUUAACACAAUUCAUGGAUGUAUGAUUCUCAGACCGUUAACACAAUUCAUGGAUGUGUGUUACUCAGACCGUUAUCGCAAUUCAUGGAUGUAUAAUGCUGAGAGCGUUAAUCACAAUUCAUGGAUGUAUGAUACUCAGACCGUUAACACAAUUCAUGGAUGUGUGUUACUCAGACCGUUAUCACAAUUCAUGGAUGUAUAA